CUCGCGCAAGUCGAUACUAGUAGAGAGACAGAGCUGUGCUGCUGCCGCCACCACCACCACCAGCAGCGACGACGAGCGAGAGCAGCGGUGCAUGUGUCGUGGCCCUCCCGCGCAUAUACGAGUGUGUGUGGGGAGUGAGUGAGUGUGUGUGAGCGUGUGCGUGCAGGCAGGCAGGCAGCGAGGCAGCAGUCGACGUCGCGUCGGUGUGUGAGGGUGCACACAGAGCCUUUCCCCCCUUGCAGAGUUGUUCUUUUACUCGCUUGCACCGCCACCGCACCACUACUACCACUACCACCACCACGCCGCUACUGCUAUUACUACUACUACUACUACUAUUACUGACUUCGUUGCUGCUACUACUGCUGCUGCCGUGUGCCUAAUUUAAUAAAGUUCGGCGACGACGCACUCGACACGCAUCGAGGCAGUCGAUUCUGAAAGCAAAAAAAAAAUUCCGAGCAGCAUCGGCAGCGUAGCAGAGCUUUUCAUCAGCUGCGGGGGUGCGGUGGGUGGGGAGGCCGCCACACACGUCGUUUCAAAGAUCCUCUCUCGUCAUUUUAUACAUCGCGAGCGAGCGAUUCUUUCUACGGGGGUGUAUACCGCUGAUACUAGGCCAAUAGGAUCUAUAUAAUAUAUACACAUUUGCAGCUGUGUACUGGCGCCUGUGUAUGUAUACCGAGCGGAGCGCGACUCUCUCCCUGUGUUAUAUAGGGGGGUGAACGACAGAGUGUCCUGCGCGCCAGCUACGCCCAGGAUCAGCAGCAGCAGCAGCAGCAGCAGCAGCAGCAGAGGCAGCGGCAGCAGGAGAGGCACCGCCGCCGCUAAGCGACUGAACCUCUGCCACCUAUAGAUAUAUACAUUAUUAUCAGGCGUUCGCUCGCUCUCGCUUCGCGCGCUCGUGUUGGCAGCGCGCAAGAGGAGUAAGAGAGAGGAGAGAGAGAGAGUAAAAGAAGAGAGCAAUUUCAGCGCUUCUUCUUCCUUUCCUCUUCUGCUCUUUUUAGCGGGAAGAGGAAAACUACUCGAGGAACAUUUUUUUUUACACUCUGCAACUCGACGCACGCCUCGCCUUCGGGAUUCGUGUGCGUCUUUCUCUGCUAAACUAGUGGUGUCUCUGUUAUAUACCGUACAACUACGACGAAGGAUACAGUGCAGUAUCGCGACCUAUGGUGCGUCCCUGUGUGACAAUCGCUGUUCGCUGGCGGCGGGCUCGCUGACAAGCAGCAGCAGCUGCGGUACAGUACGCAAGAAGUAAGAAGGAGUACAAAACAGCUCAUCGGGGACAAGUCGAUGUUGUUGUAGCCCCGCGUGGAUUAUCCCGUCGAUGUGUGGGUGGGUGCGUGUGGCGGUGUUUGUGUGACGACAACAGAAAAAAAAACAUAAACAAAAAACAAACGGUGCUAUCCAGAGCUGUGCCAUUACCGUAGUAGCUGCUGCUACACACGCACACGCAUUCAGGCACACCUCUACGCAUCGCACGUGUGCUUCGAUACGAGCGGAGGAGAAUCACGUCGUCACCUUGGUCUACAAGCAACAAAAUAAAUAAGCAAAAAUGGCCUGGGGAUACUGGAGCGCGACUUCGGUCGACCGGGGCCGCUCGCCCAGGCGCGACAAGGAGCGUCACGCGGCCGGCAUACAGUACCAGCAGCACCAGCAGCCCGCGGCACCGGUUCAGCACCAGAGCCGCGAGCAGCAGCAACAGCAGGAGCUCCAGCAGCACCUGCUGCAGGUCAAGGCGGACGUCGAGGAGCAGCCCCAGAGUCUGCAGCAGCUGCAGCAGCAAGCCGCGGCCAUCGCCGCCGCCACGGCAGCCGCUCAGCCGAGCCAACAGCAACAGUCGAGCCAACAACAGAUGCAGGCCGAGCCCUCGAGGGCCUCCACGGCGGGCAUAAGCUUCAAUCCGGACCCGCCCUCGGGCGGCGGUCCCACGAUACCGCAGAUCAAGGCCGAGUUGGCCGCGGCGGCCGAGUGCUUCGACGAGACCUGCAAUCGCAUGUCCCAGGGCGGCUCGUUCUACUCGUACCUGGCGGGCAGCACCAGCGGCUCCCGCAGUCGUCUGAUCGACCAGAUCGGCGUACCGUCGGCGCAUCUGCCACGAGCCUCGGCCGCUUCGAAUUAUCCGCCGCCCUCGCCGCCCGGUGACGAGAGCGACUCGGUGGACUACGAGCAGCCUCGUCACCACUUCUCCGCCUCGUUCCCCUACAACAUGAACUACAUGCACCACGACGAGCCGAGCAGCCUGAUACACACGUCGUCGCGGAUGCGGCUGAUACGCGACGACGACGACAUCAUCGACGGCCUGUCGGACUUCGAGCUCGAGGACAUCACACCUGUGGAUCCGUACACGUCGCGGCUGCACCACGACACCUAUCCCCGAAUGCCCAGCGCCGGCGGCGGAUGCAAGUUUCACGGCUACGCGCCCUACAACAGGCUGCCGUCGCAGCAGCCCCAGCACGAGCCCGCCGCGCCUACCUCGAGGUCGAUGCCGUCGAUGGGCCCGGCCCGAGACAGACACGAUCAUCAUCACGGCAGCGGUCAUCGGGAGCGACAUCAUCACGAGAGGGAGCGGGAGCGGGAACGAGAGCGAGAACGAGAAAGGGAGCACCAUCCGCCGCCUUCGGCCUCGUCGGACUCGCAGUUUUGGUUCGACGACAUCAAUUGGGUCUUUCCAAAUGUACCGCCCGCACCGGGGAUGCCCUGCCAAGGAGAAGAUCGGAGCAUCUACAGACGCGGCGCCCGGAGAUGGAGAAAGCUUUACCGGGUGAACGGACAUGUCUUCCAAGCUAGACGAUUCAACAGGCGCGCCUUUUGCGCCUUCUGCGGAGACCGCAUCUGGGGCCUGGGCCGCCAGGGCUUCAAGUGCACGCGCUGCAAGUUACUGGUGCACAAAAAAUGCCACAAGAUCGUGCGCAAGGCCUGCGUGCCGAGCCAGCAGCAGGCCCAGCCGCCGCAGUCACAGGCGUCGACCUCCGGGGCCGGCGGUGGUCCAGCCAGCGGCGAUCAUCCAUACGGCUUCGAUCAAUCCAACGGCGAUAGAUUGCUGCUCCAGGGCCUGUCGAGCCCACCCGGACAGGACGACGACGGAGUCGAGGCUUCGAGCGGCGCCGCAGCCGCCGCGGGUGGCGGUGGCGAGGACAAUCUCGGCUUCCGCAACAGAGUGGCCAGCGGCGAGGCCGGCGCCGGGGGUGGCGACGAGUCGGCGCUCGACGAGAUCGCCGGGGCCGAGGGCGCCAACGAUCGCCAAUACAGCCUGUCGGACUUCGAGCUGAUACGCGUGAUCGGCCGCGGCUCCUACGCCAAGGUGCUGAUGGUCGAGCUCAAGGCCACUAAACGCAUCUACGCCAUGAAGGUGAUCAAGAAGUCGCUGGUGACGGACGACGAGGACAUCGACUGGGUCCAGACGGAGAAGCACGUCUUCGAGACGGCCUCGAAUCAUCCGUUCCUCGUCGGGCUGCACUCGUGCUUCCAGACGCCCUCGAGGCUCUUCUUCGUCAUCGAGUUCGUCCGGGGCGGCGAUCUCAUGUUUCAUAUGCAGAGGCAGCGCCGACUGCCCGAGGAGCACGCCCGCUUCUACGCGGCCGAGAUCAGCUUGGCCCUGAAUUUCCUUCAUACCAAAGGAAUAAUCUAUCGAGAUCUGAAGCUGGACAACGUGCUGCUGGACCACGAGGGCCACGUGAAGCUGACCGACUACGGCAUGUGCAAGGAGGGCGUGCGCGAGGGCGACACCACGGCGACCUUCUGCGGCACGCCCAACUACAUCGCCCCGGAGAUUCUCCGCGGCGAGGAGUACGGCUUCUCGGUGGACUGGUGGGCUCUGGGGGUGCUGCUCUACGAGAUGCUCGCCGGUCGCUCGCCCUUCGACAUCGCGGGCGCCUCGGAGAAUCCCGACCAGAACACCGAGGACUAUCUGUUCCAGGUCAUACUGCAGAAGACCAUUCGCAUUCCGCGCUCGCUGUCCGUCAAAGCCGCCAGCGUCCUCAAGGGAUUCCUCAGCAAGGAGCCCGCCGAGAGGCUGGGCUGCGGCCGCAGUCCCAAUGCAUUUUUGGAGAUCAUGACGCAUCCGUUCUUCAAGCCCAUCGAUUGGGAGAUGGUAAGAGAGCUUUUAUCCCUUUACUAUAUAAGGUAUGCUACAAAUUCGGACACUAAUUACUUUUCCCUUUGGCAGUUGGAACAAAAGCAAGUCACUCCACCUUACAGACCGAGACUGGAUUCCGAUCGAGAUUUGGCCAACUUCCCGCCAGAAUUCACCGACGAACCAGUGCAUCUGACGCCCGAUGAUCCACGAGCCAUCGACAGGAUCGACCAGUCGGAGUUCGAGGGAUUCGAGUACGUGAAUCCGCUGCUAAUGUCCUUGGAGGACUGCGUGUGACAUGAAACGACGACGACCAUAAC